ACCGAACCCCCCCAUCCUGAUCCGUGUCCAGCGCUGGAAGCAGUCACUGCUCCAACUGUCCAAACGCCUCCGACCGCUCCCUCCGUCCCGCCACCUCUCCCCGCCGCAUAAAUACCAAGCAAUAGAUCACGGGCAUUCCUUAGCCCGCUCAGUCUCACUGCCCGUCGUCUAGCCGUACUCGAGCUAAAUACCAAGCAAUAGAUCACGCAUAAAUACCAAGCAAUAGAUCCUACUCGAGCCAGACUCCAUGGCUCCUCCUCCUCCCAACGUGAAGACACGACCCUUUCUGAUCACCCUCGCCGCCAUCGUCCUGCUCCUCCCGGCGGCCAGCGCCGAUAAUGCGGCGGCGCCCUUCAACAUAACCAAGAUCCUCUCGGCCUACCCGGAGUUCCGCGUCUUCAGCUCCCUGCUCAACGAGACCGGCCUGGCGCGCGCCAUCGACCGGUGCAAGAUGGUCACCAUCCUCGCCGUCAACAACACGGGCGUCCCCGACACGGUGCUCCGUGCCCCGCGCCCGCUCCUCUUCGACCUCCUCGCGCUCCACGUCGUCCUCGACUACCUCGACCCGGAGAAGCUCGACGCGAUGCGGCUCGGCCGCACCGGCAACGGAUCCAUGGUCACGACGCUGCUGCCGGGACCCAGCGACAAGUUCUUACGCGUCGCCGGGGGAGACAAGAGCCGCAUCACGUUUUCCUACGCCGGGCCCGGUGGCCGCUGGCCACGGAAUGCCACGCUCAUCAGGGUCGUCACCUCGCAGGCGUUCAGUGUGAUGGUCCUUGAGGUGAGCGGCCUCAUCCUCCCGACAGCCGUCCCCGCCACCACCGCCGCCCGCUUCGACAUAAUCAAGAUCCUCUCUAGCUAUCCGGAGUUCAGCGUCUAUAGUGGCCUCCUCAGGGAGACCGGCCUAGCGAGCAUCCUUGACGGUCGACGGGUAGUCACCGUCCUCGCGCCCAACAACACCGACAUCCCCAAAGUCAUACACACCCUACCCCGUCCGCUCCUCGCCGACCUCCUUGCGCUCCACGUCAUCCCCGACUACCUCGACCCGGAGAAGCUUGACGCGUUGCGGCGUGGCCGGACUGGCGAUGGCUCGGUGGUCAUGACGCUGCUCCCGGGGCCUGGCUUAAGGCUCCUUGGCAUCGCUGGCGGUGAGAACGGUCCCAUCACAUUCUCUUACGGUGGGCCUGGCGGUGAGGGCUCGCACAAGGUCUCGCUCGUCAGGGUCGUCACCUCGCAGGCGUUCAGCGUGGUGGUACUUCAGGUGAACGGCCUCGUCCUCCCAGAGGGUGUCCCCGCGGACGUCGACACCACCUCCCCCUUGGACAUAACAAAGAUCCUCUCCAGCUACCCGGACUUAACCGCCUUCAACUCCCUACUCACCGACAGCGGUCUCGCACGCGCCAUCAACGCCCGGCCGACAGUCACCGUCCUCGCCACCAACAACACCGCCCUCGCCGACUCGCUACGCGGCCUGCGGCACCUCCCGGAGCCGGCCCUCGUGGACUUGCUCGCCCUCCACGUGGUCCUUGACUACCUCGACCCCGAGAAGCUCGACGCGUUGCGGCGCGGCCGUACGGGCGGCGGGUCCAUCGUCACGACACUGCUCCAAGAGUCAGGCCGUGCGCGGGGCCGUGGCGUCGGGUUCGUCCGCGUCUCCGGAGGAGAGGACGGCCGCAUCACGUUCUCCUGUAGCACGCCGGGCGGCGGAGGGCCGCGGAACGCCACACUUGUCAAGGUGGUCACCACGCAGGCCUUCAGCGUGCUGGUCCUCCAGGUGAGCAACCUCAUCCUGCCACCGGGCAUCGUCGCACCGGCGCCGCAGCAGCCGAGGGCUAGGAGGCACAUGUUUUUGCCGCCGAGCCCGGCACCGGCGCCGGCGCCACGGUACCCGCCGGUCUCUGGGGUCCCGCCCCCGGUCGUGGAGGAGCCUGAACCGAACCUGACGGACACUGCCCCGCCGCCGUCUGGGGUCAUUCCACUGCCCAGCGCUCACGGGGGUGUAUCGGCCAAGAUACCAACAGCCGCUGGGCGGCACAGAGCUGCAGGGAUCUGGUGGAGCGGCGCUAGUGCAGCAUUGGGGAUCACGGCAUACCUGCUUGGCCGUUUGUAAUAACUAGGAGUAGAACAUUUUGCUCGGGUGACGCUUUGGCUUAGCUUUUCUUUUUUUUUUCAAGAGAACUUUGGCUUAGUUUUUUUUUUGAGAGAGAACUUUGGCAUCCUUUUUCUCUGUCCUGUUCUUUGGUUAGUUUGAAACGGACAGAAACAUGCAGUAUUUGCGUUUGAA